AUGAUAAAAGACUAUAUGGUGAUAUUUGGUGGGAUCCCAGGUUCAAGUGUAGAUAUAUAUAAAGGUUAUGGUGGAGCGGUCACGAACAAUGUUUAUGUAUGGAACGCAAAAACGCAGUAUUGGAUUGUUCCAAACAUACAAGGUUCGAUACCUUCAGGGCAGAAAUUUGCUCCGGCCGUGACAGCCCAAGCUGAUAAUACAAUGUUGGUACAAUUGACAAAUGCUACUAGUGCACAAGGUAGUCUUGCCAAACUUGAUACAUCAAGUUGGACUUGGGCUAUAACGAAAUCGAAUCCACCAUUCGAUCCGCCGGCACUUGGUAUAGGCAUGACUUUUACGGCGGCGCAGAAUUUAGUUUAUAGGUUUGGUGGAUAUAAUGUGGUCAAUCAAAAUCUUGGCAGUGCUAAUAAUCUUUUAUGGAAAUUGGAACCAAAUACAGUUCGAUGGAGUCAGCUGCAAAAUGGACCCACUUUGACUUAUCAUUCUUCUUGUUAUAUGUCAGGUUAUAAUAUACUUGUAUUUUUUGGUGGACAAAAAGCGGAUAAUGAUCCUGUGAGUGAUUUGAAUGUAUUUGACCUGACCAAUGGAGUUUGGAACCUUAAUCCAUCUAUCAGUGGAGGUCCACCGCCACCACGUAAAGGCCAUUCUGCGGUCUGUCAGGGAAAUCGAAUGAUAAUGUAUGGUGGUGGUAUUGAUGCUCCUUCUGAUGAUGCAGUGUGGCUGUUAAAUGCAACUUCAUCAUCCAAUUUCAUUUGGUCAUCAGUACAAACUACAAAUAAAAUUAUUGGCGCUGUAAUGGGUCACAGUGCAGUACUCUAUGAUAAUAAGAUGCUUAUAUUUGGAGGCAUUGCCAUUGGCCAAAACAAACCAAAUGUACACAUGCUAGACAUCAAUACCUGGAACUGGACGGUUUUCACUCCCGAAGGUAAUGGUAAUGUGUCCGGUAGUCCGGGCACUACAGAUAAAAACGGUAGCAAUGGCGGUGACGAUAUCGGUGGCAGUAGCGGUAACAGUAGCAGCAAAAAGAAGACAAAUGUCGUGAUUGCUAUCGUGGCUGGGGUAAUUUGCGGGUUGUUCUUUCUUUUGAUAGUUAUCGCCGCGGUGAUUUUUAUUCGUAGACGUUGUUUCGAUAAGAAAAAUGGAAAAUUUGGGGCUGCAUUUAUUGGGCGCCGUCGCACAAAUACACCGCGUGAUGUGAGUUAUUAUUCGACCGAUGAUCCUAGUAUCGAUAUAAUGACUGGUCGCAGUAGUAGAGAUAUAAGACGUAAUGCAUCAAUUUCCGAGAGACAGAUUCCAACCCCUGCAGCUGCCAGAGUGGCAAACAAAGAUAUAAUAUUAAACGUCGCUUCUCUUCCAAUUCUUUUCGAUGGUAGUAAUGAUAAAUCUCAUUUACCUUCGCGUGACAGAUAUCACAGUGGUGGUAAUGGUACUGGUACUCGCUUAUCACAUGGCAGCAUGUUACAAAAGAAUAUUCCCGAAGAAGAGGAAGCUGAAACUUGGACAUUUGCAUCAUCAUUAGGAUUCGAUCAACAAACUAAUCAAACUAAUCGAAUGACACCGCCAAUACGAUAUAUGGCUACACCAAAUCCACAUCAACAGCCUUCAUACUAUAAUGAAGAUGAAGAUGAAGAUACUGGUGGAUUUGGAGUACCUCUUGCAUUACCUGUUGCUCCGCCAGAUGUCACAGCUCCUCGAGUCCCGCCUGUUUCCGUUCCCGGAUAUUCUAGUAUGAAUAGCAAUUCGGAAGGAAGAUCUAGCUCAUUACCUUCGCCUCAAACUCAUAAUGGGAAUCCCACCGCUGAUGCACCAAGUGGUGGUGUUAUCUAUGAUGGACUUAGCCCGUUAGAUCGAAUAGCACGUUUAUUUUCCGGUGGGGAUGUGACCGGUUCAAUAGUAAGAAGUGAAAAGGAAGGAGGUGGUGAAUAUCAUUCUCAAUCUCGACCACAAACUUCUCAACAUCAAUACAAUCAACCUCAGUCACAACCUUCUCCUACUAGAUCACCCGAAAAUAACACAGCACAUCAUCAAACUGAUGUUGCUGGUGGUAAUGCGCAGGAAGGACGUAUAUCAGGCGAAGAUAGGAUAAAAGCAAAUGUGGAUGAGGUAAAGGAUGAUGUUAUAUAG